UCUGUCCUCCGCCUGUUUGUCUCUGUCUCUUCACCAUGGAGCGGAAAGUUGCUCGGGAAUUUCGACACAAGGUGGAGUUGCUGAUUGAAAAUGAAGCAGAGAAGGAUUACCUGUACGACGUCCUCCGCAUGUAUCACCAGGCGAUGGAAUUACCAGUGCUGGUUGGGGACCUGAAGCUGGUGAUCAACGAGCCAAAGCGUUUGCCCCUGUUCGACGCCAUCCGACCUCUCAUCCCACUCAAACACCAGGUGGAGUACGACCUCCUCACACCCAAGAGGUCACGGAAGCUCAAAGAGGUGCGUUUGGACCGGACUCAUCGUGACGGACUUGGUCUGAGUGUUCGAGGAGGCCUGGAGUUUGGCAGCGGCCUCUACAUAUCACAGAUCGUCAAAGACGGUCAGGCCGGGAACGUCGGCCUUCAGCUCGGGGACGAGAUUGUGCGAAUAAAUGGAUACUCCAUUUCCUCCUGUAUACACGAGGAGGUCAUCAGUCUCAUCAAGACCAAGAAGAUCGUAUCGCUUAAAGUUCGACAUGUGGGGAUGAUCCCAGUGAAAAGUUCAUCAGAUGAGCCGCUGAAGUGGCAGUUCGUUGACCAGUUUGUGUCUGAGUCAGGGGGGAAAAAAAACAGCAUUGCAGGCUUGGCAUCGAUCGGAGGGAAGGAGAUCAAGGAGAAGAAGGUCUUCCUCAGUCUUGUGGGCACAAAGGGAAUGGGCAUCAGCAUCUCCAGCGGCCCCACACAGAAACCUGGCAUCUACAUCAGUAACGUCAAACCUGGCUCUCUCUCUGCAGAAGUUGGACUUCAGAUUGGAGACCAGAUUGUGGAGGUGAAUGGCGUCGAUUUCACCAUCACGGACCACAAAGAGGCUGUGAGAGUCUUGAAGAGCAGCAGGAGUCUGACUAUUACUGUUCUGACAGGAGCUGGCAGCGAGCUGUUCAUGACAGACGAGGAGCGGCUGGCCGUGGAGUCUCGUCGGGAGCUGGACAGGCAGGAGCUGAUGCACCAGAAGAGGGUUGCACUGGAGACCAACAAAAUCCUUAAAGACCAGCAGGAGAAGGAGAAGCAGAGGAAGAUGGAAAAUUCUCAGAAAGCUGCAGAAGAAGAGGAGCGCUAUCAGCAGGAGAUGGAGAAGAUUGAUGCCGCGGAGCAGAAGCACAGCAGAGAGUGGGAGGAGGACUGGGGCAACAAAAACCGUCCCAAGAGCCCGAGGAGCCCAUCACCUGCUCCACCUGAAUUAAAAACCACCACGAAGACGAAGAGCUCUCCUGACGAAUUCAGAGAGGAAGACGAGGAGGAGGAGGAGAAGGAGGAGGAGGAGGAGGAGGAGGAGGGCAGACAAGGAUUUCAGAAAUACGAGGACGGUUUUGAUCCCUACUCAAUGUUUUCCUCGGAGCAGAUAGAUGGACGAGAAGUGAGGCUGCUGAGAAUCAAAAAGACCGGACAGCUUGACCUGGCUCUGGAGGGUGGAGCAGACUCCCCUCUGGGAAAGCUGGCGGUGUGCUCUGUGUAUGAAGGUGGAGCUGCAGAUAGGCACGGGGGCAUCGUACCAGGGGAUGAACUCUUGGCCGUGAACGGGAAAAUCCUGAUCGAUGCCACAUUGAACGAGGGGCAAAACUCUCUGGCUCGAGCCUGGAAUAGUGGAGGGGACUGGAUCGAUGUUGUUAUCGCUGUUUCUCCUCCGAAAGACUAUGAAGAUGAAGUGACGUUCUUCUAGUCGUUAACAACCUGCCAAGAAAACCAGACUGAUUGAGAAGAAGCUUUUUUUUUUUUUUUUUACUAUUGAUGAUUCCUUCAAGAGGCACAGUCUGAUUUUAUCUCAAUAAAAAUAACUGUUUCUGCUUUAUCUUCACACACAUCUGUACAAGUCUAAUUGUUCUGAUCAUUACUCAAAUCUCUUUGAAAAUCAGCCUUGUGUGUGUGCAUAUUUUGAGAUGUUCACAACAGUUGAUGAACAUUCUCACUGUCUAGUUGUGUCAUCCAACACAAGCCCGAUCUCAUUAAAAGACAAAUGACCAUCCAUUUAUCUUUCAGGAGGCAAACUGUGAUCAAUAGCACCUCUGUAAUCUGCCUUUUUCCAAAGCCCAAUAAAGGACUGCAGCUCUUAUAAGCAGAGGGAGUUUCUGUAUCUGUAUUCUCUGCUUUGUGGCUGUGGCUCAGGGGGUAGAGCGGAUCAAAGGAUGAUGGUUCGAUCCCCGUCUCCACCAUUCCUUGUGUCGAAGUCUCCUUGAACAAGAACCUGAGCCUUAAAUUAUAUUUUGUUUGUCGUUUUAAAACGCAGGACUUUAUAUCUUCCUUUGACACGUUCAUGAAAACUGUUGGAUUUCCUAAUAAUAUUGUACGGUCGCGACCUCGCUAUGUAAAUUGCCUUGAGCUAAUGAAUGUUGUGAUUUAGCGGUAUGCAAAUAAAAUUGAAUUCCAUAUCAAA